CUCUGGUGAGUCUGUUCCAGCUCAUUCCUUAGAAAGGCUGCGUGUGAAAGAUCAGAGAAGAGGCCAAUAGAUCUGGGUUUUGUCCAGGGGUCUCUGGGUUUAAAGCUCUCUACAACCACUUGAGCUCAUUUUUCCCCUGUGGCUUGGCUGGGUACAACUCCUUUCUCUGCCCAAGCUCUUAAAAAUCUAGAACUUUAUUCUUUGGAAUUCUUUCAGUUGCGCCACAGACACAACCUAUCCUUGAGCAAAAAUGGAAGCUAUCAAGAAAAAGAUGCAGAUGUUGAAGUUAGACAAGGAGAAUGCCAUUGACAGAGCAGAGCAGGCUGAGACGGAUAAGAAGGCAGCUGAGGACAAAUGCAAACAGGUAGAAGAUGAGCUGAUGGCUCUGCAGAAGAAGUUGAAAGGAACCGAAGACGAGCUGGACAAGUACUCGGAGGCUCUCAAAGAUGCCCAGGAGAAACUGGAACAGGCCGAAAAGAAGGCGACCGAUGCCGAAGGCGAGGUGGCAGCGCUGAACAGACGGAUCCAGCUCGUGGAAGAGGAGCUGGAUCGUGCCCAGGAACGGUUGGCCACAGCCCUGCAGAAACUGGAGGAGGCCGAGAAAGCGGCGGAUGAGAGCGAGAGAGGAAUGAAGGUUAUCGAGAACAGAGCAAUGAAAGAUGAAGAGAAAAUGGAAAUUCAGGAAAUGCAACUGAAGGAGGCGAAGCACAUCGCUGAAGAAGCUGACCGCAAAUACGAAGAGGUUGCCCGUAAACUGGUUAUUUUGGAGGGUGAACUGGAAAGAGCUGAGGAGCGCGCGGAGGUGUCCGAAGUUAAAUGUAGUGACCUUGAAGAGGAGUUAAAGAACGUCACUAACAACCUGAAAUCUUUGGAAGCUCAAUCUGAAAAGUACUCGGAAAAAGAAGAUAAAUACGAAGAAGAAAUCAAGAUUCUCUCAGACAAGCUUAAAGAAGCUGAAACUCGCGCCGAGUUUGCGGAGAGAACAGUUGCCAAACUGGAAAAGUCUAUCGAUGACCUGGAAGACGAGCUCUAUGCUCAGAAGCUGAAGUACAAAGCCAUCAGCGAGGAGCUUGACCAUGCUCUCAAUGACAUGACCUCUCUGUGAGCGGCGCCGGGGGCCGCCCUCACUCCCUGCAGCUCUUCAGCUUUCCUUGCCUGUAAAACCUGUCACUUCCGUCCUCCUUCCACCGGCCAAUCCCUCAAGCUCCUCUGUAAGAACUGAGCUCAAUAAAAACAAGUUUCUCUCUGCCUUUCA